AAAGUGGUUGGGUAUUAUGUGAAAAACAAAAGUUUGGUAAAAAAGGUAGUAGUAAAAGAAUUCUAAAGGAAGUUGUUGAGUUAUUGAAAGGUUAUUUCCAUAGUGUAAAUACACCUGGUAAGUCACAUUUAUCAGCUGAAGAUAUGAUGAGAGAAUUACAUAUGGCUGCAGAAAUGGGACAUUUAGCAAAAGAAAAAAUACCACAGAAAGUUAAUACAAUUAGAGGGUGA